AUUGUUGAAACAAUUUGUUUUUGGCAAUCUAUUCGGCUCGGAUACAAAAUUUUCUGUGUUUUCGGCACGUUUUUUGAAAUCCAAUUCUUUCCAAAUCGCCGAGAUGGCUCCCUUUGGUGCCACGUCGCAAAAGAAAACAAGUCGCGUUGCUACUAAAAUCACCACAACUGCCGGCAGAGCUCGAACCGGGUCCAGACUUCUUCAGUCGAAUGAUUCUGCUUCCAUGCCAGCGGGCCGUAUUAAGCGGAAAAGGCCAACGACUGUGGUGAAGCGGGCCGCAGCCGGGGCGCUUACGAGUCUAACCGGACCUUUGGCCGGUCCGCUGGGUCUUGGCCUGGUCAAUGGGACGGACAGGGAUGGGUUCCCGCACCAGAUUGCGGCGGAAAAGGCACAAUCAGCUACCAGAAAAGCAGUACCUCCGCCCCCGCCACGCCCACCCCGCAGGGCGGGAGCAGCAGCAGCCGCCUCCGCCGCCGCAGGCGCUUCAGCCGACGCUUACUUUGCUGCCAAGGUGCCUGGUGCCCCAGUCGUCGGAGCGGUUUCGCACUCCGGCAGCAGCACUUUGACCCUUCCGUCGUCCGCGAUCAAGAGCUCGUUGGCCAACCGCAGGGUUGGCGGUGGCAAGAUCCCAGAUCAGAUCAAGCAUCGCGUUAAGUUCUCGGCCAAUGUCCACACAUUCCCGUCGGUCACCAGCACCAAGAAGUCCGCCCGGAUUGGCGAGCUGCAGCUGAAGAAGAAGGUCAAGAAGCUGAAGCGAAAUCGACCGCGUCGGGAGGGCGGAAGUGGUGCUAGCGGAACGGAGAGCAGUGCAGCCAGCAAUCAGGAUAUCUACAAGCACGGCACCAUCGUAGAUGUGGAAUCCUUGAAGGCACCAGCACCAGCACAGCCACGCAUUUUACGUCUGAACGUUGUGGGCAAAUCGUCGCCAGCAACUGGCCAAUCUGCUCUAGCCGCAGCACUUCGCCGGCAGGCCAACAGAUCUUUGCUAGCCAAUCAAGUAGUUGGCCAGGAAAAAACCAAGAAACUAGCUGCAGCAGGGAGUAGGACCAAAAAGGCCAAGACAAAGGCGAGCGGCAAGACUGGUGGUGGUAGCAGCACGCAGACGGUGCUGGGAUCCAGCUCUCCUUCGGUGGAAAGAAGUGCGGGAUUAACGGGGCGCAAGAAACCAACGGCGACAAAAACGACGGCGGGGACUCAGCGGAUUGGUAAAACUCAGCCACUUUAUGGGCGGCGAGUCUAUGGAAAAGUCUGA